UCCGGCGCACAAAAAGGGAAGUUGGGGGAAAACUAAAUUCGAAAUACGCGACACGUACGAUGAAAUAACAUACGACGGCAACUCUCUCUCGUCUUUCUCUCUCUUCCGGUCGUCGAUCGGUUUGGUUUGAUUUGAUUUGAUUUGAUCAUCAAGCACUCCGAAUGCCGUCAUAACACCCCCGCUGAUCGCCGUCAAGAACCGUCCGCCCCUCUUUUAAGGGUCGCCAUCGCCGCCGUCCUCUGCUCUGCUUCGGCUUCACAUCACAUCACCGGUCGACUGAGCUCGCGUUCCUUCCAUCUCUCUCUCUCUCUCUCUCUCUCUCUGUGGCCUGCCUUUGAAAUUGGUCUUGCCGGGGAAGGUGGUUUUUCGAUUUGGAGGGGAAAAGGUGGAUUCUUGAUGCGCCGCUAGGGAUUCUUCUCGAUCGGGUCGUUCCUCGCGAUGGCUAUCCGGGGUGUCGAUUUCAAGUGGUACGACGGCUUCUUCUUGUCCAUGCUCGCGACCAGUGUUAUCAUUGUGGCGAUCAACUGGAAGCGGUAUCAUCUCUGUACAUACCCGUUGCACAUAUGGAUUGUGGUUGAUUACACGACUGUAUUCGUUUUUCGAUUGUUAAUGUUUGUAGAUAAUGGACUUGCUGCCGGAAUGGGAUUGGACUUUGGUUGGCAGCAGAGAUAUGCUCGAUUUUGUGGGAGAGUAGUUGUACUUUCUGUUCUCUCCCUGAUAUUAUAUCCGUUUCUUUGGGCCUGGACUAUAAUCGGCACCCUAUGGUUCACAAGUGCAAGAAAUUGUUUACCAGAAGAGGGUCAGAAAUGGGGUUUCCUUAUUUGGUUACUCUUCAGUUAUUGUGGCCUCCUGUGCAUAGCUUGCAUGUCUGUGGGAAAGUGGUUGACACGAAGACAAGCACACCUUGUGCGAGCUCAACAAGGCAUACCCGUUUCAGAGUAUGGGGUUCUAGUUGAUAUGGUACGGGUGCCAGACUGGGCAUUUGAAGCAGCCGGUCAAGAGAUGAGGGGUAUGGGACCGGAUGCUGCUACUUACCACCCUGGUCUAUAUCUAACUACAACACAGAGGGAAGCCGUUGAAGCCCUUAUCCAGGAACUCCCCAAGUUCAGGCUUAAAGCUGUUCCAACUGACUGCAGUGAAUGCCCCAUCUGCUUAGAAGAGUUCCAUGUGGGGAAUGAGGUUCGAGGCCUUCCUUGUGCUCACAAUUUUCACGUGGAGUGCAUCGAUGAGUGGCUACGUCUUAAUGUGAAAUGUCCUCGGUGCCGCUGCUCUGUGUUCCCAAACCUGGACCUCAGUGCCUUGUCUAACCUUCGCCCUGAAUCAGAACGAUCACCGGCCCCUAUUAUCACAACAAACCGUUACGUGCAGACCCAACAAUCUUCUAGCCAAAGCUAUCUGAUGAGAUUGCCUGGCUUUCUCCGUCCAGUUCGGUCUGAGAAUGCGGGGCUGCCCAACGGCAAUGAUGUUCUCCUGGACAUCAGUGAGAAUGGACAAGUGGCUGCGGCUACUCAGGAACGAGCGAACGGCAUGGGACUACUACCUCCCGAUGGGUCUAGGCUCAAUGGACAGUCUACAUGAGGUAAAGAGUACGUUCAUCAUUGUUUCUCGUCUCACAAAAGUUUUUCCUUUAAUUUACGCUAACCCUGUCCCGAGUAAAGACAGAAAUGUUCGUCCAUGUGAUCGUCAUUUGUCCAUCGCGUGGCGCCCGUCAUAUGUGAUAAGUCUUACUGAUGUAGGGUACGGAUUUUGUAACAAAAUUGGUUGCAAACUCAUUUUCAGAUCAAUGAUAUGCGGAUAUAUGCCUUUUACCAAGCUGAA